UAAACUUUUUAGUUUUAUGCUAGUGUCCUAAAUACUUUUGUUUGAGUGAGAUAAUAACCAAACAUGGCAUCACUUGAGCCACUUAAUCACUUGGGUAAACAACCUGUCAGUAAAUUAUCUCUCAAAUACUAUAAGUACAUUGUGUCUGCAUUGAUCAUCAAACACCCAGCUGUUUUAAUUCCAAGUUUCUGUACUUAACAUGAAUUGCUGUUUAUUACAAAAAAAAACAUUCUUGCUACAUGGUGCUUCUUAUUUGCUGGAGAAACAGAACAACUGGUUCACAAAAAUCUCUUGGUUAUUGGUUAAAAGCCACAGCUUCCAGCAACUGGUGAGGAAAAAUAAACUGGCUUCCUUCAGGCUUUCGGGGACUUCACUUACUACAAAGAGAGAUGCCAUCUAUAGGUCCGAAGGCUUCUCAUUCACAACCACAAACUGUUCACCUAUCUCGGAACCAAUCACAUGGUUUUUGUCAGGCAGAAGACCUUUGUUAUCAACAACUGAUUAUCACUUCUCAGACCAAUGAGCUACUUGCUGGCCAGAUUGGCUGACACAAAGGAUAUUUGCAAAAUCUGUAAUUAACCUUCCCCCACUGCUUUAACAAGUAAUACUGCAAAUGUCACUCCCAAAGAGUGUAGUAACUUGCUUUUUGAAGGUGCAGUAAUCCCUUUGUCAAACCUUGGUCUUUUUUUAAUCAGUCCUUUUCCCAUAUCAGUCUGCAGUCAAAAAUACAAAAAUGAAAAAGGAACCUAGCCAAGGGAAUAAAACAAAUGCGGGAAAUAUUAAGAGCUAUGGAAACAAGACCCACACAGAAUUUCAGAAUGACAAUAGCCAAACAACUGGCUGAGGUACUUCUACGAAACCUGUGUGAGGACAGUUAUUGGAAUCCAUUUUCAGAGCCACCUCCUGAUCUGCUCAAAAAUGAGAAAAGUGACCCUUUUCAGAUCACACUAACCACUGGUCCUCAACUGUAUCAAGGAGACAAUCUCUUCUGCCCAGAGGACAUUGUUGAAGAAGCACUCCUACUUCUUCGUAUCAGUGAGUCAAUGGCAAAUCGAGAUGGUGUAAUAAGUCGUGCGCCAGACCAGAGAGAGGACCGCAACAUCAGCUUCCAGAAUGCCACUGCCUUGUAUGAUCUCUUGAGCAUAACUAUGGGCAGAAGGAAGCAGUAUGAAAUGCUCUCAGAAUGCUUGGAGAGAGCAAUGAAGUUUGCAUUCGAUGAAUUUCACCUGUGGUAUCAAUUAGCACUUUCAUUGGUCGCUUGUGGCAAGUCAACUAGGGCCGUGUCCGCUCUUAGAGAAUGUGCAAAUCUCCAACCCAGUGAUCCAAGUAUACCACUCAUGGCUGCCAAGGUCUGCAUUGCACCUUUACACUGGCUUGAACAAGGAAAGUGGUUUUGCAAGAUUGUAACAACCAUGGGAGAAGAAGCGGGUGAAUUUCUCAGCAAGGGUUAUCUGGGCCUAGGGCUGGUCUACAGUCUCCAAGCUACAGAUGCUCCGCUAAGGAGCACCCGAGAUAAGCUCCACAAGAAAGCAUUGAAAGCUCUCAGAAGAGCUCACAGUUUGGAUAGUGAAGAUCAUCGAAUUGCUCUAUACCUUUCCUUGCAGUUGGCGUUCAACAGACAGAUCUCUGAAGCUAUUGAACAAUUACAAGUGGCACUUAAACUCAGGAAUGAUGACAUGCAUUCUCUCCAUUUGCUGGCGCUUCUGUUUUCUGCCCAAAAACAUUAUCAACGUGCUUUAGAGGUCAUCAACAUGGCAGUCAGUGAAUAUCCAGAAAACUUCAGUUUAUUUUUCACUAAAGUCAAACUUGAAGCAGUUCAUACAGGACCAGAGGAAGCUCUUGAAACCUGCAGAAAUAUGUUGAAUUUGUGGCAGACAACCCACACUGCACAGUUCAGUGAUUGUGACAAAGAAAGCAGUAUGACUGAAAAACAGAGCACUGUUCGGAGUAGUUUGGUUGAGGGUGCGGCAACUGAAAAGCGAAACACUGUUCAUCUCAGUUUUCCUGAUUUUCAUGAGGCUGAUGCAGGUUCUCUGCGUGUCCCAUCAAUUGCUGCUUCCCGAAUGGAACUGGCCAUGUCUGAAAUAUCUGCACAGAGCACUGCUGUGAAACAUGCCCCCAAGCAACUGACCAUUAUUCUGGAGCAGAUAUGGCUGCAAGCAGCUGAACUUUUUCUGGAACUACAAAGGACCAAAGAAGCUUCCUUCUGCAUCCAAGAAGCAGCAAGUCUUUUCUCCAUGUCGCAUGAUGUGAUAUUCAUGCGUGGGAGGCUAGAAGAGAUGAGAGGCAAUUUGAGAGGAGCCAAGCACUUUUAUGAUGAGGCUCUUGUUAUAAAUCCAAGAAGUGCGAAGAUCAUGGAACAAUUGGGAAGGGCACUGCACAAAAUGGGCCGGAAUAGUUUGGGAGAGACGUUUCUGAGAGAUGCUGUUCAGGCUCAGGCAACAUCCCACAAGGCCUGGAACAGUUUGGGGGAGGUGCUACAAGAUCAAGGGAAAAAUGAAGAUGCUGCAGAAUAUUUCCUUACCGCAUUAGAGCUGGAAGCCAGCAGUCCCAUUGUUCCAUUUGCUGUCAUACCGAGAGAGCUUUGAGAUCAGUCAUGUGGGUCAAAUUGUAUGUUUUCCAAAGAUUUAAUUUGUUGACUCAUUGAGCAGAAAUCAGUUGCAAAAUAUCCAGGACAAUCAAUUCAGACUCCUUUUAACCAGUUUCCUAUUCGCUGCAAGUUCACAAUGGCCUCCGUCAUGUCCUGCCAGAUCCUACUAGAAUCGGACAGAGUUUUUCCAUUCACAGCAAUUCUUAUGAGACACAUUGUGAGACAUUUGUGGAGCCAGUACCUUACACGGAAUAGUAUCCAGAGCGGGGCAUCAUUAUUCCACAGCAGAUGUAGUGGCAUCUUUCCAGAAUAGCCUGAGAUUGUUUACUGCAUGAAGGAGCUGAGAUGGAUUGCCCUCAAAUGGCAUGUACAUUGCAGUAUUACUGUUCUUAUUCCCUUCUCCCUGCACUGGAGAUCAGCCUUUCAUUGAGAGAGUUAUCAGGGACCCUCAUGCCGCAUGAUGUAAUCACUAUUAAUAAUUUUGGCUAAAUCACUGCAGGUUAACUCAAAAUUCUUCAUUGAAUUUGUCAAUUUAUUUAAGAUCCUCAGGAAUUUUUAAUUUAGAAAAUGUGUAUUUUCUACAUGAACAGUUUCAUGAGACACAGAAUUUACUACUGUAAUAUUGACAUAUGUCGAUUUGUCUGAUCAUUAUUUAAGUGUGUAGUUCACAUUGCUGAGCCUUUUGGUCAGCUCUGCAGUACUUCAGCAAUGACUUGCCCUUAUUGGAUAAUUCAAUCAUCUUUUAUUUUACAACAGCCAUUGUUCAAUAUCUUACAGUGAUUGUAACAAGGUUAGCCAAAUGGGCAUCAUAGAAUAUGAGUUUCCUGAUUGGACGAGAUUAACAGCCCCAAUAAGGGAAUCCUGGCUGACAGGUAUAAUGGGUAUCUAAGGUUCUGUUCAGUCUGAGAGCUGGCUCUGAGGAAGCCAACCAGUGUGUAUUAUACUUGUGUAAAUCAAGGGUGACUUGAUGACGGGAAAACAGCCUCUGUGGACUUAUUGCAGUGAUAAUGAGAGAAAAAAAAAUGCUCCUGAAGAAAUUCAAUGGCAACAGUCAUCUUUUGAGUUGGGCUUAGCCUUUCUGGCAUCAUGCCUUUAUUUGGGAAGCUUAACUCAUUUGAUCCUGCCAUCAAAGACUGGGCCUAGUAUGUGGAAAGAAUGUGUUUUUUUUUGGGAAAAUGACAUUGGGGCAGAUGAAAAACAAUGAGUAAUUCUCCUCACGGUCAGUGGAAUUGCAGCUUUUCGGUCAUUAAGAGCCUCAUGUUUCCGGAGGCACCAGAUACAAAACCUUUCAAGAGUUGAGUAUUUAGUUAAGGAAUAUUACACCCCAGGUCCAGUCUAUAUCUGAGAUGCUAUCGGUUUUACUCAGCAAUUUAAGAACGAGGGGAAUCUGUAUUGGGAUUUUUGACAAGGUUAAGAUGAUGGGCAGAGGCAUGUGACUUUGGUUUAACCCUUAAUCAGAUCUGAGAGACUGUUUGGUAUAUGGGUUUAAUGAUGGAGCCGUGCAAAUGCACUACUAAUGAAGCCCAAUUGGACUUCAAACAGGCACUACCACUGGCUUUAUCAUCAGAAAGGGUAACAAGUGGAGCAAAUGAGUUACAGGGUGUGCCGAUAGAAAUGAAGACCCUCACCAGGCCAACUGAACACCACUUGAGAGAAUGCAGUUGCAUAGCCUCACUCAGGACAUAUCCUGAACAGAGGGACUCAAAGUCAGCCCACAGCAAAACCGGAAAACAAAGCCAAGCCUUGGCCAAAUGGUUAAAAUUUUCUUAAGGAUCUUGUCAUUGUAGUUGCUGUCAGUAUGCGGACUUGAGACAGCAAAAGAGUCCCGAGAGACCGAAAUUGAGGAAGAGAACUUAUAUGCCGGUAUCUGUGGAGAGUGCGCACCCUGGAAAGUCCACCUACAUCUGACUUGGAACAGUUAAAUUGCUUAGCAACAUCCAACUCAGAACCAAUCAAAAUUAACGCCUGCUGAAUGUUCACUGGUUCUAUAUGGAGGUUGAUACUUUUAUGGCUGUAUCAGUGAUUGCAGACCCAGUCAAUGACAAAAUUCACUCUCGUCUCCAAUCCUUAAGUUUGCAUAAGAUCUUGGUUUACACCAUCACUGAAGAACCUUUACAGAUUAAGGGUACACCUUCGGUUCCAGUCUUGUAUGAGAAGCAGCUGGUUCACUUACCACUGAUGGUAGUAAAAGGCUCGGCCUUGGGAAACAUUUGCCAUGGGUGGCUCACCAUUUUUUGAUUAGAAACUGCCUGAGUGAAGUUCUAAUUAAAUAUCCAAAGGCUUUUCAGCAAGGUCUAGGGAUUAUUAAAAGAGCCAAGGCCAACUUGCAUGUUGACCAGGAAGCAGUUCCAUGAUUCUGCAAGUCCCAAAGCGCCAUUUGCCUUACUUGCAAAAGUAGAGGCAGAAAUCAGAAGGCUGGAAAGUGAAAGGAAUCAUCAAACCAAUCCAGUUUGCAGAAUGGGUAAUUGUGCCAAUUGUGAAGCCUGAUGCCUCCGUUCACCUCUGUGGAGAUUUUGAACAAAUGAUAAACCACUUCUCACAGUAUAAUAAGUAUUUAAUGCUUCCCAUAGAGGAUUAUACACAUCGCUGAAAGGGAGGCCAUCUUUUACGAAGCUGAUCAUGAGCCAUGUGUACUUCCAAUUGCAGUCAGAUCAGGAUUCCCAGAGGUACACUACAGUUAAUACCCAUAACAUGUUGGACCAAUUUACAAGACUGCUAUUUUUCAGCGGACAAUAGAGAACAUUUUCAGGGUCUACCCCAGGUCGCCAUUUAUCUGGAUGACAUGCUAAUAACAGGGAAGACCAAUAAAAAGCAUUUAGAGAACUUGGACAUAGUCCUUAGAUGUUUUUGCCAGGAGGGUGUACACCCUAGAAGGGAAAAAUGUGUUCCAGGCUCACCAAGUGACGCACUUGGGCUACAGAGUCAACAAGACAGGAUUUAGAUCCAUUGGAAGAUAAAGUGAGGGUGAUCAAAGGUGCCCUGGUUCCCACUUCUGUACCAGAGCUUAGGUCUUUCCUUGGGCUGGUAAAUUAUUACAAGAGGUUCAUACAUCAAAUGGCCUCCAUUCUGGCACCCAUACAUCUGCUAUUGAAAAAAGGUAAGCCUUGGAAAUAGUCUCAUAGCCAAGACAUAGCCUUUAGGGAAGUGAAGAAGCAGCUAUCAUCAUCCAAGGUGUUGACACACUAUGAUCCCAAGCAGUACUGGGGUAGUGUUGGCCCAUAGAUGGUAUAAUGGAGAGGAACACCUUAUAGUGUAUGCUUCCCAGACUUUGGCUAAUGCAGAACGCAAAUGCACCCAGGUAGAGAAGGAGGGUUUGGUGGUCAUCUUUGGUGUGGAAAUGUUCCAUGGUAACAGACUACAAAUCCAUUCUAGGGCUACUCAAAGAAUACGAGGUUGUAUCUCCCAUAGCUUGAGUUUGAAUUCAGCAGUGAGGUCUCACUCUACGUGUAUACAGUUACAAAUUAGAACAUCAACCAGGAGGCCAAUUAGCAAAUGUCGAUGUCUUGAGCUGCCUCUCUCUGGCAGAUGCAUCACUGGUACCUCCCCUGGAAGAGUCUAUUUUGGUUUUAAACUUUUUGGUACCCUUCUGGUCACCGCUGACAAUGUCAGACUGUGGAUGCGAAAUGAUCUGGUCCUGCCAAAUCAAACCAGCUGAUGAUGAUGGUGGGGGAAACAAAGGGCCAUAACAACCAGAAUUGAAACCUUUCUGGACCUAGUGAGACUGAAUCACAGUAGAAAACAGAAUAUCAUUAUGGGGAACAAGAGAGAUUGUCCUGAGCAAAGGUCACUGCCUGAUCCUGACUGGAUUCCACCAGGGUCUGCGGGAGAGGGGGAGGGGGGUGGGGUUGCAAAAUGAGGGUGUUUGUGAGAAGUUAUGCCUAUUGGUCAGGAGUGGAUGCAAACAUAGCUGCGUUAGUGUGGCAGUGCUCAGAGUGCCAACCAGAACAAAAAUUACUGCCAGCAGUGCCCCACAUUUGUGGGAAUGACUGAGUAAACCCUGGACUCGGUUACACGUCAACUAUGCUGGUCCUUUCUUGGACUAAAUGUCCUUAGUCAUUGUGGACGCCCACUGAAAGUGGUUGGAUGUGCACAGAGUUCAUUCAUCAAACGUGGGGACAGCAUUAGAAAAGCUGCGCACAUCCUUUGUCACACACAAGCCUCCCGAAGUGUUGGUCUCACUUACCACCAGGGAAUUUCCGUAUUUCCUAAAGUCAAAUGGCAUUCAGCAUGUAAGGACAGCUCCAUACCAUCCACUAUCCAAUGGUCUGGCAGAAAGAACUGUCCAAACUUUGAAGGCAGGCUUGAAGAAACAGUCUACAGCUUCACCCCUAACGCAACUACAGGGACAGCUCCAGCAGAGUUGCUAAUGAGGAGAAGACUUUGCACCAGGUUAAAUCUGAUCUUCCCAAACCUUGGGGUGAGGUGCAACAGCAUCAGAAGUACCAAUGCCAGACACAAGACUCCUCUUGGUGAGAGAGAUUUCAGACCAAGUUUGGUGCUGAAACCACAGAAAUGGGAAAGAAACAUGGUCAACACGAGGUCAGGUCCCAUGACAUGGGACGUUCAGGUAGGUGAGGCAGUCCUGAACAAGCAUGGACCACAUGAAAGCUGCAAAUUUGCAAACAGGUCAGGAGCAAAACAUACCCGGCACCUCAGAAGAGCUGGAAGGGCUGUCAGACACAUGGGUUCUCCUCCUUCACCUAGCAUCAAAGAAACCUCAGAGUUUGAGGUGGACACAUCGGAUGGUGCAGCCUUGACACCUUUACCAUCUGAAGAAUAGGAUGAAUUUCUUCCAAGAUGCUCUGGGCCCAAGAGGUGGGUCAUGGUACGGUACACGAGGCUGAGUCAGAGGAACUGGAUCUGGUGUGAAAACACCUAGGAGUAGCCACAAGAGAAAGAACAGGCCUACAUCCCCAGACUCAGAGGGAGAGGGAUGUAGUGAUUGUAAUGAGGUCAGCCUGGUCAAUCUCAUAGAGCUGUUAAUCUGGUGCAAUCAGGGAGCACUGGCUGACAGAUAUAAACAGGAAUGUCAGAGGUUCUGUUCACUCUGAGAGCUAGCUGUGAGGGAGCUGGAGCAGUGUCAAGGACUGUGCACGUGUAUAAAGGGUGAUUUCGUAACAGGAUAUCGGCCUCUGUGGAGUUAUUACAUAUCUUGUUCCUGAUUUUAUUAUUCCCAACCUGAGUUAUAAUGUAAUACAGGUUGUUCUGCUAUAACACGCACUUCGUUAACCCGAAUUUGCUGUAACACUAAUGGCGAAUUGGGGACACUGUUUCUACCGCACGGAUUUUUCAAACAUGUAUCAGCAACAACACAAUUCCAGCCACAUGAGUUUUAAAUGAUGUGGCUAUUGCGCGAUUUCCUUAACACAAAAUUGCAUGAGACUGGAAUUAUUGUGUUAUACCAGAACUGACUGUACCUUAUAUGGUUUUCACAAUGACAAGACUUAUGUGAUUUCUUUUACAAGAACACAGUAUUGCACAUGGCUUAGUCAUGGGGAAGUUACAUUGUUGGUACUACACUCAGACUGCCCGAAUAGCAUACUAAUCUUCACUUGACUUCCUGAAAGUCUAAUGAUUUCAUCUUUAAGGCAGUCCUGCAGUACCAGUGGCUGACUGCGCAACAUUUAUUUUACGUGCGUCUGUGUGAUACAGAAACACUGUCUCCUAACAAUGCUUCCAAAUCAUGACAGUAUACAAUUCUUCAUAAGGGUACUUAUCAUUUAGUAAAUCUAUGCACAUAUCCUCAUACACGCCUGCAAAUGUUAAUAUUAUGACCAGUGGAAUUUAUAUUUGAGAGUAUUUAAUGUUGAAGAAUAUGCUAAAACACUGCCAAUUGCCUCUGGGUGGGUUUGAACGCAGCCAAAGCUGGCCAAUAAUUUUGCCUUUCUUGUAAUUAAGAAGAAUAUGCUAAAUGGAAAUAACACACCGAAGUAGGAGGCAUUUGAAUAUCGAAAACAAAUUCAGAAAAGAUGAGAUACCUGUCACACCCCAGAGAAUUGCAACAAUAGACGUCACCUCAUAGUUCUCAUGCUUAGGGGAUAUUUAUAUAAAUUUAAUAUCUGUUCGUAAUACAGGGGAAGCACUGAAUUGCGCUACUUAGCCACACCUUAAUCACUAUCUGUUUACUGGAAAAAAAACUUUAAAAUGUUUAUUGAGUAAUAACUGACAAAUCACAAUCUCUGGAUGACGGAAAGGGAAGUAGCAGUGGAAACAGGAAAUUAAAACUGUCUGAUUUGACCACUGUGCUCCGAGGUUGCUUAGCAUCAGCUAGCGAUUUUUUGUUUCAAAUACAAUUGACUGUUGAUUUGUGUGAACUCACAUAGGCAACCCAUGCCACAGUAUGGGUUUCAUUUUGCGCCAGGAGCUGAGAAGGUUUAACCUCAUUCUAUUUCACCAUAUUAAGCAACAACUUGAACUAUUACUGUGAGUCAAGGAAUUUCCUGGUGUAAUUUUGAAUGCGUAUAAUUAGCUCGUCUCAGGGGACACUUUCAUAGUUUUGGGACCUGUUCAUUGAUAUGAUCAAUGGGGUGGAUUGGUAAUACUGUGCAUUAUAAAUGUUUUCCCUAUAAUGUAAAGCUAACUACCACCAAAAAUAAUGCAUUGAAAAAAAACCCCUCAGUGUAGUGAAGCAGCACAAAAGCUUUGCUCCUGCUGUAGAUUUGCUGAACUGUGUGAGCUGGUUUUGCUGUGAGUCUGUCCUGUUUACAUUGCAGUGUGAUUUCACAUCACUGGCUGCAGCACAAACAGAAUUACGUUCAUGCAGUUGCUCAGUGGUUGUAUUUGCACCUGUGGAGUCUUCCGUAAUGUGAAAAAAAGGUGUGAACCGUCUAGAAGUGUGAAAGAUACAAAUUUCAAACUCAGGCUAGCAAAUCUUGUAGCACUCAGUCUGAGCAAGUCCAGUCAGUUUCAUCUUAGCCCUGUACAGUAAUUGGCUGUGAGAGACUCUGAGGGUGCUGGCAUGGCUGCAAAGUAGUAAGGAAAAUUUUCAUGAAAUAAUUUUAUCACUGAACUUGUCCAAACUCCAAAGCAUGAAGCUAGAUCUUUUCUGCCAAUUAAAAAGCAGCUGAUCAGAUUCACUAUAUUACAGAUUCACUUGAAAAACAGUUACUGGUCAUGGAUACUUACAAACACAGGUCUUUGGAUCACAUAAUGUAGAGUUAUUUCUUUCGGCUUCCCUUCUGACCCAGCCAUAAGCCUAUUGAAUGGCAGAGCAAGCUCAAGGAACCGAAUGGCCUCCUCCUGUUCCUAUUGCUUAUGGUCUUAUUUCUUCAGCUGGUUCUAAAUGUCUGUUAAUUGUAAGAUUUACUAUUUAUAAGUUAGAGCUAUAAUUUUGGGAAGGUGAGAUAUAAAAUUCAACUGAGCUAAGGGGACUGAUUUUCAGAAUUUAGUGGGAGAUAAGGAAAUGGGCCUUAUUUCAUUUUCAUCUAAGUUCAUGCCUUACAUAUGCCACUUAGCAUAGUAGUUACAUUUGAAUUACUGAAAGAUUCUAAUUUAAUCUGGAGAAAAAAAUUUAGCUAUGAGCCCGGUUUUGUUUCUAAUUCCAUGAGUUUAUCUUAAAUCAUAGCUCAUAUCAGUAGCCAAUCAGCAAAAUUCAUUAACCGUUAAGAAAUUUGUGAUCAUUUAAAAGAUCCAAAUGGACUAUUCUGAAAUGCUGGGAGGAGGGGACUGCUUCUUCAGUAAUGGAUAAUGAUUAUUGUGGGCAUUCACCAAGCUGAUAAUCUUGCACAUUUUAUUUAGGCGAUGGAUUGUAGUAGACUUAAAUAGAAGUGCUCCAGUGUAGAUGUUCUAUGGUUCACUUACAAACUGCAGAAGGAUCAGCUGAUGUGAAGAUUUAUGUUUCUCAUAUCUCUUUCCCAUUUGUUAAGAAUCAACUGUAUUUUUAGAAAUUCUUUUUAAGGAAAACUGUCAUUUCACUUCAUUACAGUUCACAUUAAUUAGUUCACACUCACAUGGUACUCUUUCACUCAGUGUCAGACACUCUUUUGCAUUGUCCACAAUUAAUGACCAUCUAAAGUUUGUCGAGACUAAAAACAGCAUUUUAAUUUUUCUUAAUUGUAACUUGGUGACUAGCGGUGUCAGUUUAAAGAUCAAUUGAUGCUAUGAAAUAGCAUCCUUGCCUAUGCCCCCACAGUCUUUUGAACAGUGACACAAUAUUUACUUGGGUUUCAGUUUCACGUUUCCCACACAGGGUGUAAGUUGUCCAGAAUCUGCAGCAGGAACUCAGGCGGCUCAAUUAUUAAUUCACACUGUGCACCAGUCUAGAAAGUACUACUGGCUUGGCACAUUGCAAAAGUGACUUAUGCCAGGGGAGAUGUAUGCUGAUAUUUUCUUCCAACCACUUGAGACACUUUGUCCUAUAAAUCUUUUAUGUCUGUGCCUCAGAAAAAUGUAUUUGAAAUAGCACUUGAUUCAUUUACUGUCGAAGAUACCAUAUCUUUAGAGAUCUCAUAUGCAGUAUUAAGUAAUUUAUUUUAAAUAUUCACUUUAUUUCUGGGAAAGGAAGCUGAUUUUUAAAAUUUUAGUUUUACAGUGAAGAUACCAAUGUUAAAUAAUUAAAUGAACCUGUGUCAGAGUACAUGUUUGCAUAAUACAAAGAUGAUAUUUACUUUGUCAUUAAUAAAUGGACUUCAGCUUGUUAGUUUUAUAAUAUGCUCAGUGCACUGAAUUAUAGCAAAUGAGUAAGACUCCGACACAUAAACUCACCCAAAAUCUAUUAAAUGUUAUCCUGUAAACACAGUCUAUUAUCUUGUUUGUAAAUGCAUUCUAUCAUGUAAUAACAUGAAUUUUAGGGCUUAGAGAAACCUGUUAUCUAAAAUCUUCCAUGCAUUGCCAUUCAAGGGCUAGUUAAUGUGGUUAAUGUCUUAGUUAUAAAUUAUUUUAAUGGUUUCAGCGUAAUUAUUUUGUGCAGUACAUCUAAUGUGUCAGGGAAUAAAAUGGUUGAGCUAUGCAAAUCAGAAUUUUUCCUCCAUCACUUUGAGGAUAAAAUGGCUGGACUUUCAGAUAGCAUUGUGUUUCAUGAUGGGGCCAUUAGCACACUGAUAUUGUGUGCCACUCAGUUGCUGGGUGCAGCUCAGGACCUGCAAUUCUUCACAUAGCAAGUAUCUGACUUUGAUUGUCAGAUAUUUAGAAGGUUUAAGGCCACUCUUGAUCAUAGCUGACAGUUGGAUUUGAAUGACAUUAGCAAUUUUCCACCUUGCCAGUCAAGCAUGCUUGUAGAGUAGUGUGUGAUACUAGAAGGGCUACAUUGUGAGAUGGAAAUAUACAUUAAAGUGAUUCAAAACAUGUAACAAACUCAUUAUUUGUAAAGGCUACCUGCAUCUGAUUUGAGUGAUUGAAAGCUGAUGUAGCCUUUGUAUAACAAGAUCCAAAUUACCAUGGUUCAAAUAACUGAGGGCCAUUACAGUCCUAACCUGGAUAUCUAGUGGCAACGUGACUCAACUACAAAUGUAAAGAUUGCACAUUGUAAUGUUUGAGUUAUGUUCUUGAUUUUUGCAAAGUGUGACUAUCAGGUACAAUCAUAAUGUAGGCAGUAAAUUGAGUAAUAAAUUGCUUUGUGUGUGAA